UGAGACUUCAAAACAUAACACACGAGGCCUCGGAUGGCAGCCAUAUUUAAGAUUUUCAGUCAACAAAAAUUGUUUUUAUUUCGUUUGAUUUUGACGCUCUUGCUCCUAAAAACCUCCAGAUGUGAGCAUCAACUCAUAGGUUUAAGCCCUGGGGACUCCACGAGUAAAAUAGUGGACGGGCACUUGGUGAUAAUCGCUAGGAAAACCACCCUUGUGAAACUGUUCGGGUUCAACUUGGGGCCUGAAACUCGGAUUUCGUUUACUUCAGUUGCCCCUAGAGUUAAUCAGGAUUGCGACGAUGUUCGAGAAACAGUUGCCUUUCAAGUGGAGCCCACCGAGCUAAAGAAACACGCUGCAAAUGUGAAGUUGAAGUUAAAAACAAUCGAGGGAGGAAGAUUUUACUAUCCAUGUCUACGCAAUGGUACACAAGGUAGAUGGGUCUUCCAAGGCAAUCAAAGUAACGUUAAAAUCUCCACUAUAGAAGAACCUUCGGAUCCGCUUCCCUUAUGGGUCAAACUACUUUUCAUAAUGGUGUUGAUAUCCCUCUCUGGGCUUUUUUCGGGGCUAAACCUUGGAUUAAUGGCAUUAGAUCCCACUGAGUUGAAGAUAGUCACAAACUGUGGUACGAGAAGCGAACAGAAGUAUGCUCGGAAGAUUGAGCCAAUCAGGAUGCGUGGUAAUUAUUUACUCUGCACCUUGCUACUUGGAAAUGUUCUGGUUAACACUUCAUUCACUAUCCUCCUUGAUGGGAUCAUUGGCAAUGGAAUAAUAGCUGUUGUAGGGUCGACCAUUGGAAUCGUGGUUUUUGGAGAAAUUCUUCCUCAAAGCGUUUGUUCCAGACACGGUCUUGCUGUAGGGGCGAAGACCUUAUGGAUCACAAAAUUCUUUAUGGUUUUAACGUUUCCUUUGUCGUAUCCCAUCAGUAGGAUAUUAGAUUGUGCUCUUGGGAAAGAAUUGGGUACGAUAUAUAAUAAGAAACAGCUGAUAGAAAUGCUGAAAGUUACUGAAGAAUUGAAUGAUUUGCAGGAUAACGAGAUGAAUAUCAUUACUGGGGCUUUGAACUAUGGAAAUAAAACAGUUGAAGAAAUCAUGACAAAACUUGAAGAUUCUUACUUGAUAUCACUUGAUGCAGUGCUUGAUUUUAAAACUAUGGCUUCCAUAAUGAAGUCAGGGCACAGCCGCAUCCCUGUCUAUGAGGAUGAACGCUACAACAUAGUAGGGGUAUUAUUUGUCAAAGAUUUAGCAUUUGUCGAUCCAGAUGACUGCACUCCCUUAAAGACUGUAAUUAAGUUUUACAAUCAUUCUGUUCAACGUGUUUUCUUUGACACACACCUCGAUAAGCUACUUGAACAGUUUAAGAGAGAGCACUCCCAUUUAGCUAUUGUGGAGCGGGUUAAUGACACAGGAGAAGGCGAUCCCUUUUAUGAAGCUAUCGGAAUUAUCACUCUAGAAGAUAUUCUGGAAGAAAUUAUCCAGUCUGAAAUUGUUGACGAGACAGAUGUGUAUCUGGAUAACAAGUCUGGGAAGAUUGUUCCUGGUAAAAAGACAGACUUUGAAUACUUUACUGAGUCCCAAGAGAAAAGGCCUAAAAUCUCUCCACAUCUGGCUUUGGCUGUGUACCAGUAUCUCUCGACUGCUUUGGAACCUUUCCGAGAGGAAUUAAUUUCCGAAAAUGUACUUAGGAAGUUAAUCAACCAGGAUGUUAUUGUUGAAGUCCAAUUGCAAGAAGCAGAAGAGCAAGAAAAAAUAUAUCUUUACAAGCGUAAUGUUCCUGCCGAUUACUUCACAUUAGUACUCCAAGGAAAAGUUGAGGUAACAGUUGGGAAAGAAGAGUUUGUCUUUGAAGAAAGUCAGUUCAGUAGCUUUGGUGCUCCAGCUCUGGUCUGCGGCUCACAUACAAAUGGUAACCCAGGAAUAGUGGCCAGUAACCAAAAGUCCAGUUACCAGUACAUUCCAGAUUACACUGUUUGGGUCUUGACUGAUAUUACGUACCUCAAAAUACCAAGGUCAAUGUAUCGAAUGGCUAUCAAGGCCACAAUGAUGGAGAGAGAAAGUGGAAGUGAUGUCGUCAGUGAUGUGUUUUACGGAAUGCAGAUGAGAACAUCUAUUUCAUCUCAGUUGGUAUAUCCUAAUCAAGAAGCAGAUAAGGACAGUCUCAAUAUAGAAUCAAGUAUUUAAAAGUUCUUUAGAAAGGAAACAUAUUAGAUACUUGCUUAGUCUUGUAUGUCCAAUUAGUGGCUUCAGAUUUAACGGCUUCAUUUGCUGUUAAUGUUACCGUUUGUCACUGAUUCUAGAGUACAGUACAAAUACUAAAAACAUGCAACAUAUUGCAUUAAUUAACACUAAAUAGUACUAAAUUUUAGACAAUAUUAAGUAACAGGGAUAACACUAUUUAGAACUAUGUCAUGCUUAUUAUGUUGCAUGGUCAUAGUGUUUGUAUUCUAGGUCCUGAAAGUCGUUGUGAAAGUUACUGAAAUUUUCAACAUUACAUGAACUCAGCAGUUGCAAGCUGCCCGUUGGAAUUUGUUUUUUGGAAUUUGUUUUUAACUGCUGCCAGUCAAGUAUGUAAAAGUUUCAACUGAUUAAUUUUGAAUUGUGGUAGCAAAAAAAAACUGCAAUUUUUGAGCAUGGAGCAUUUUCAGCUAUGAGUUCACAUAAUAUAGCAAACUGCUAUAAGGUUUGAAUGUUUAAAAUUUAUAAGUAAUUUUUUAAAAGUUUACUUUAAGCUAGUAUUAACUUGGGUUUAAUUAACAAAACUUAUCAAAGAUAAAUUAUAAUUUUUUCGGUCAAUAGAAUUUAUAGAUUCAAAAAUUGCAAAAUUGCAAAAUUCAGGUUUGGAACUUUCAAGAAAGAGAGAGACCUUGCAUAUAAUCCCCAUCCCAUUAGCAGUUUUUUUCACAACAAACAGCCUUAUGGGGGAGGGGAGGGAGGGAUGUUUUGUUAAUGUUAGUGUAAAGUGGGAAAUCCUGAUUUUCUUCAUAAUAAUGAUCAUGUUGUAGAUUAUUAUUAAUUCUUUAAUCAAACUUUUCUAAUGGGCAUGAUUUUGUUUUGUUUCUUUAUUUUGUAUAUACAAUCAAUUUUAGCACACAUUUCCCCAGUGUUAGUGUUUUUAUAUUAUAUACAUACAGACAUAGUAGACUGUACUAGCAAGUCUUGGACGUCAAUCAGUGUGAUUGUAGGGGAAGGUGAUCCUGUUGAAUUCAUAAUCAUAUAAAAUAAGAUUUAAUAGUUGAUCAUAUUUUUUAGUAAAAAAUGGGUUGAAAACAGACUCAUCUAAGGAGAUUGUUAAGUUAGUUUUGGAAGGUGAUUAUGACAUGAUUGCACAGUAUUGUAAUAUUCGACUUAUAACAAAACCAUUCAAAUUUGUUACUUUUUAAUGGAAUUGUGAUUGCACGAAAGAUAAGUUGCAAAUGUAUUACCAACAUAGCCUGUGUUGCUUGGCUGUCUGGUAUUACUUAAAAUAAAAAUCAUUCAAAUUUGAAUAAACUGAUCAAUAGUAUUA